AUGGGUAAAUUGGAUUUUUUCUUGGGUUUGGAAGCAAAAAGAAGUCAAAAAGGUUUGCUACUGAGCCAAACAAAAUAUGCUUCUGAUCUCUUGCAUAAGUUGAACAUGCAAGAUUGCAAAUCUGUUUUCACACCAAUGGUCGUAGGUAGUAAUUUUUUUCCUAGAGAUAGUCCUGUAUUUGAUAAGCCAACGAUGUAUACAAGUGUUAUUGGUGCACUACAAUAUCUAACCCUUACCAGACUUGAUCUUUCUUAUGCAAUAAAUAAGUCAAGUCAGUUCUUGAAGGAGCCAACACAACUUCAAUGGCAGGCAGUAAAAAGAGUGUUGCGAUAUAUUCAAGGUACACUAGAGUAUGGCUUGAUGUUUAAGCCUUCUUUGAUAUUGAAUUUGGAGGUUUUUUCAAAUGCAGAUUGGGCUGGAAACUUGGAGUACAAAAGAUCCACAAGUGGGUAUUGCAUUUACCUUGAAGGUAAUCUGGUUCAGUGGAGCUCUAAAAAGCGAAGAGUUGUGGCUUUCUCAUCCACUGAAUCAAAAUAUGAGGCACUCAGUCAGGCAACUACUAAGGUUAAAUGGUUAAGAUCUCUAUUCAGUGAAUUGGAUUUGGAGUGGUUUAGUCAAGCAGUAAUUGUUGAAGAAUAG